AUGCAGGGCCCUCGGGGUUAUCUGGGUGAAGUUGGUGAGCCCGGUAGACCUGGUAAUCCGGGGCUUAGUGGUGAGAAGGGCGACAAAGGAGAGCGGGGUCCAGAAGGAGUGGGAGUACCAGGAUCGGAGGGGCCAAGAGGGGUUCAAGGUCCAAUUGGUCCUCCAGGUCUUGAGGGACGCAGCGGGGAAGAGGUGACCCGGGAUAUCCAGAUAAAACUUGCAACAUAUUCGCCGCUACCAGUAUUCGAACCGGCGCCUUUCGGCCUGGCG